CUCGAAUGCAAUAGAAACAGUGUUCUUUAGCCGUUUUUUGGGCUUCCAACGGACGUUCCGGCUGGUUGUGAGUGUCUGCGCAAGCUACCCCUCCAUUGACUGGCGACGACAGCGACCCCACGUCCAAAAACUCGCGAUAAACAGAUAAGCUAAGGUGGUUAGUUGGCCUGAGUGGGCUUCUGGGAGCUUCCUUUGGUGGGGUGAUCAACACCAAGAGUUGAUAUCAUCACUGAUUGUGAGCUUCACUUGCAGAGUCUCACAACUCCAUCUCACUCACCUCAUUUCCCAAGAAAUACUCACCAUUCUCACCCCUCCUCUCACCUCUCGAUCUCACCUCCCAACAUCCAAAGUAAUAGAAAAAAAUGGCCCUCACCUCCCGCCUCGCCCUCACCGGCCCCGACACCACUGACCCAGAAGACUACCUCUCCUCCUCCCUAGGCAUCAUCUUCCCCGACGACGUAACCAACCAACACGGCGACGCCGACCACGGCCUCCUCUACACCUCCCCCCACCUCCCGCAACCCCUGCAAUUCUCGCUCGCCAAUGUCACCGAGGAAAAAGAGCGCCACCUCUUUUCCCAUUACCUCUGGAAUUCAUCCCUCAUGCUCGCUGAACUCAUCGAAGCCGGCACUCUGGGGCUGGACAUCCCCUGGUCAGGCCUCGGUGGCGAGAUCAAAGAUUUUGAUGUCACGGGCCGGGAAACGGUGGAAUUAGGGGCGGGGACGGCACUGCCAAGUAUAAUGGGGGGUUUGAUGGGGAGCAAGAGGGUGGUGGUGACUGAUUAUCCUGCUCCAGAGGUGAUCAAGACACUCAAAGAGAAUGUGCUGAGGGGAGUGGAAAAAAAGAAUGGGGUUGAUGGGAGAGGGUUUUUUGACAAGGAGAAAUUGGCUGAGGUAGGGUUGGAGGUGGAGAGGUUGUGGGAGAGGGAUUGUGAUGGGGGUGAAAGGGAGUGGGUUUGGGAUCGGGGGGUGGAGGAUAUUAGUGUUAGGAAGAGGUGGUUGGCGGUUGGGGUGUUGAGGAGGAUACGGAAGAGCGGGUGAAGGGGUCGUCAGGGUCGUCGAGUUCGAGGCGAUCGGUAGGUGAGGUGGGAUGCCGGCCAUAACUUCAUAUGCAGCUGGUCGAGUCUUUGAUUCCCCCCAUUCCUGUUAUUCCUGGCUCUCUUAUGCGGUCCUUCCUGGGUCUUCCAUCUUUGUCGUGCGCCAUCUGACUCUCAUACCCUCUUCUCAUGAUCCUCGGUCUUUCUCUUGUCGUCCAUCCUACUUUUCUCAUGUCAUCACAUCCUUCAGCCCAAGUCGUCCCGAAUCCAGUAAAGGGUAUCUCAAAUUUCCAUAGUGGGCGAUCCCAGUUGUCCAGCUCGUCCACAAUCCAAACAUCACCAAUCUCCGAUGUUGACAUAAAUUUCCCAACCCCAAGCAUGACCAAAUCUCAGAGAACAAAGGGAACGGGGACCAGCGUUCUUAUAGACAGCCCUCCCCUCCCCCCCCAGAAUCAGCGCGGAAUUCAUCCGCUCCUCAACUUUUCAGCUCCCCAAGCC